AUGGGUGCAGCAGCGGUAGCAGGCCUCGUCCUAGGCCUCGUAAUCGGAACAGCAGCACUUUUGUCUGCCGUUUUAUUCUGUGCUCGUCGCUCCGAAGAAUCUCUGCCUUUGCACAAUCUCUCGAACACCCCGCCCGCCACCACCGCCGUCAAGAAGGACGAAAAGCCCGCUGCCUCCAAAGACGCCAAGCCUGCAGCAGACAAGCCCCCACAGAACGCUACUAAGGACAACAAAGACAACAAAGACGGCGAAAAGAAAGAAAAAGCCCCCGCAGCUGGCAAAGCGGAAGAGUGGUCAGGUGCCAAACUGUGGGCUGAGUAUGUGGCCAAAGCGGGCACAGACGCGAGCAAGCCCCAGUACGUCGUGUUCGAUCCGAAGAGUGGAAAGAUCGAUCUCAAGCCCGCACCGGCGAGCGAUGCGCCGUUUUUGAAGGUUCAUGCUGAUGGAAAGGUUGAGUUGGUCGACGGUGGGAAGGGAGGUGGAGGAGGAGGAGGAGAGAAGCAGAAGCAACCCCAGCAGCAACAGCAAGGAGGAGGGGAGAAGAAGGAGGACAAGAAGCAGGGUGGCGAACAGAAGGGAAAGGACGAGGUGAAGAAGGAUGAGGGCAAGAAGAACGAGCAGCCUGCCAAGGAUGGAGGUGGGGAUGGCAAGGCGAAGGAGGAUGGCAAGGACAAAGCGAAGGACAAUGCUAAGAAGGACGACGGCAAGAAAGACGAAGGAAAGAAGGAUGAAGGCAAGAAAGACGAUGGUAAAGGCAAAGCUGCGGAAGCCAAAGCAGACAACAACAAGAAGGAGGCGCCCGCAGCCAAAGCAGAGGACAAAAAAGCGGACACACAAGCCGCAGCCAAGAAAGACAACGCUGCUCCAAAGCCUGCAGCGGCUCCUCCUGCAGCCAAGGAAGAGGCAAAGACCACGGAGGCUUCCAAGCUCUCGCUACAUGGCACUAUCGAGCUGAUGGAGAUGCUGAAGGCGCUUGGCGUGACCACCAACGCUUCAACUUCUGCCUCUCCAACCGAUAAGAAGAAGGAACAGCAAAAGGAGGACAGCUGUUGGCGCCGUCACAGCAGAUUCCGCACCCUCACAGCCUCUCCCUCCUUGAUACCCAACGUAAUGCUGCAAUAA